GUCAGCAGUAAUAAGCAGUUGUUAGUGGUAUAAACGUUCAGCCCAGACCAGGGAUUCACAGUGCCUCGGUUGCUGAUAGGAGCCCUAUUUCUUGGAAGGCCUCGCAGAACCACCUUGUGAGCCUUGGAUUGCUGUCACAUGUCCUGUGCCAGGGUCUCUGCAGUACAAGUCUUGUAACCAAGUCUUUAAAGUUUGUGGAAACCUGCUGAACUCUCCUCUGGAAAUCAGAGAAAAUAAACAGAGUGCUGAGUCUGUCUUAGAAGAGACCUAUGCCGUGUCUGCCUGGAACUGAAUAACUAAGAUGCACCCCCGCUGGCUGCUUGCUUGAAGGGCAUAGGCAUUGAGAGGAAAAUAACUUCUAUGAAACAAAGGGCUGUAACAGCCUCAUUUUUUUCUCUGGACCCAGUGUUUCACACACCUCUAGCGGCAAACCCUCUUCGUUGCCAAGACAACCCCGAAGAAAUACGAAAUCCAGAACAAUACCCUGUGUACGAGAAGCCUCGUAUUCUUUAGUGCACGCGUUCGUUUUGAAUGUCAAGAGAAACACUGCCCUCCAACCCAGGAAGAGAAAAUCCAUUCAGGAGAGACUCUUCUUCAUUGCCUCAUCCUAUGGAGGAAUCACCACUGCCCAUCUACAUUGAGGAGGGGACAGAAGUCCCGAUUGCCAAAAAGGAGUUGAUUGCUCUUGGCAUCAGGCAAAUCUGGACCCAGAAGACCACAGAAAGCAGAAAUAUGGCGACAAAGGAAAAGCUUCAAUGCUUGAAAGAUUUCCACAAGGACAUCCUCAAACCUUCUCCCGGCAAGAGCCCGGGGACACGGCCUGAGGAUGAGGCAGAGGGAAAGCCGCCCCAGCGGGAGAAGUGGGCGAGCAAGAUUGACUUUCUGCUGUCCGUGGCUGGUGGAUUUAUUGGUUUAGGCAAUGUCUGGCGGUUUCCGUAUCUCUGCUACAAAAACGGCGGAGGUGCAUUUCUUAUACCUUAUUUCAUUUUCCUGUUUGGGGGAGGUCUUCCCGUGUUUUUCCUGGAGGUGGUGCUAGGACAGUAUACCUCUGAAGGUGGAAUUACAUGCUGGGAAAAGAUCUGCCCUAUUUUCACUGGAAUUGGUUAUGCUUCCAUAGUGAUUGUGUCCCUUCUGAACGUGUACUACAUCGUGAUCCUGGCCUGGGGACUCUACUACCUGUUCCAGUCGUUCCAGAGCGUCCUGCCGUGGGCACACUGCCACCAGAAGUGGAACACGCCGACCUGCGUGGAAGACACUCUCAGGAAGAACAAAACACUCUGGAUAUCACUGAAUGCCACUAACUUCACCUCUCCUGUCACCGAGUUCUGGGAGCGCAACGUACUGAGCUUGUCCUCGGGAAUUGAAGAUAUUGGUAUUAUCAAGUGGGAUCUAGCACUGUGUCUUCUCCUCGUCUGGGUGAUAUGUUUCUUCUGCAUUUGGAAAGGAGUCAAAUCCACUGGGAAAGUAGUAUACAUCACUGCCACGUUCCCAUUCAUUAUGCUCCUUGUUCUACUUAUCCGUGGUGUGACCCUACCUGGAGCUGCAGAAGGCAUCAAGUUUUAUCUUUAUCCUGAUAUCUCACGGCUAGCUGACCCACAGGUCUGGAUAGAUGCAGGGACACAAAUCUUCUUCUCAUAUGCAAUCUGCUUAGGAGCAAUGACUUCCCUGGGGAGCUACAACAAGUACAAAUACAACUGCUAUAGGGACUGUUUGCUGCUGGGAUGCCUGAACAGUGGUACCAGUUUUGUGUCUGGCUUCGCAAUUUUUUCCGUCCUGGGCUUCAUGGCACAAGAGCAAGGGGUGAACAUUGCUGAUGUGGCAGAGUCAGGUCCAGGCCUGGCCUUCAUCGCCUACCCAAAAGCUGUGUCCAUGAUGCCGCUGCCCACCUUUUGGGCAAUCCUUUUUUUUAUUAUGCUUCUGUUGCUUGGACUGGAUAGCCAGUUUGUUGAAGUUGAAGGACAGAUCACGUCAUUAGUUGAUCUGCACCCAUCCUUCCUAAGGAAGGGUUACCGACGGGAAAUCUUCAUCGCUAUAGUAUGUUUCCUUAGCUAUCUUCUGGGACUAACUAUGGUGACUGAGGGUGGCAUGUAUGUUUUUCAACUCUUUGACUACUAUGCAGCUAGUGGUGUAUGCCUUUUGUGGGUUGCAUUCUUUGAAUGUAUUGCUGUAGCCUGGGUUUAUGGCGCUGAUAAUAUUUAUGAUGCCAUUGAGGAUAUGAUUGGAUACAGACCUGGUCCCUGGAUGAAAUGGAGCUGGAUUGUGAUCACUCCAGUUCUUUGCGUGGGGUGCUUUAUCUUUUCUUUGGCCAAGUACAAACCACUGACCUACAACAAGGUCUACACGUACCCAGACUGGGCAAUUGGCCUGGGCUGGGUUCUCGCCCUUUCCUCCAUGAUCUGCAUCCCUAUGGUGAUGGUCAUCCGCAUCAUACAGUCAGAUGGGUCGCUCAUUGAGAGGAUAAAGGCGGUGGCUGCCCCCAAGGAAGUGAAUCGGUGGUCCAAAGAAACGGAGAGUGGCACCCCCUUCUGCCCCAAUGGAACUUCGAAUGGCGGAUUGAUCAAGCCAACUCAUAUCAUUGUGGAAACCAUGAUGUGAGCUCUCUCUGUGAGAGGAUAAACCUGCUUUAACUGCCGUUUACUAACCAUAGAUUCUCAUAGGACCAGGUUUACAGAGCUUUAUAUUUGCACUAGGAUUUAUUUUUAUUUCUCACAGAGAAAGUUAUUUUUUGUGUGUGUUUUUUUUUUAAUAUUUUGUAAGGUAAUCACAGCAGAUGUCUCUCUGUAGAGGGAGAGCUUUCAUAUCAGACUAGACAUAUUACAGGAAUUUACUAUUAUUGGGUUUUUUUAAAUAUAUAUAUCUUUAUCUCUAAAUAUUAUACACCUUACCACUUGAAUUGAUUGUCUCGCCAGCAAUACAUUCAAGUCUCAGAAAGCAAUUUUAGGUGCUGGUAUGAUUGGGAGCAGGGUAACCUACAGAACACACAAAAGGAGCUCUGUUGAGAGAUACGAUUUUAAAAAAGACGCUGUUUCAAGAGAAUUUUCAAAGGUGUAGUAUUUCCACCCUCUGGUUCAAUUGUGGUAAACGACAGGCUUCAGGGUCACGUUGGGGAAAGGGUACAGUUACGUUUAGCACAGUCCCUGAACUAAGAUACAGCUGGAGCAGAGAGUUUGCGUGGGAGGCAGAGAAGUUGGGUGUGAAAAGCCUUGCGGCCGUCCCUCCCAAGCUCAGCAUGGGGACGCCGUCACACAGGCGAGAGGAGGACUUUAGGAAGGCAUUUGCAGGUUUUAUCGUGGUUCACUCUUCUUUUAUUUUUCUUUUUUUUUUUUUUAUUAUUUUAGAUUUUUGGGGUUUUUUUACUUCAGUGGAAUGCCUACUGUUUGUGUGUGAGCAGGGAGGUGGAGUACCUGUUCCUGAGUUUUCCAGCAAAGCAUGUUUUAGUGUGGUGGCACCGGUGUAAACUUGAAUUCUGCAAACGGGGAGGGCAGCAGGGGCAAGGGCUGAGGAGCUGAGAGGGGGAAAAGCAGCAGCUGCCCUCUGGGUGCUUCAGGUGUUCGCUUGCUCACUUGGACUUUGGUUUCAGGCAGAAACAUAAAAAGAAUCCCUUCUGGACUCUGACCGUCCAAAGGUGAACACAAACCAGGUCAUCCCCAACGAGAGGAACAAAACCACUCACCUACACCUGGUUUCGCUGGUAUUUAUAACAAACACGUUGUUAAUAAUAAUAGUAAUUGAGAUAAUAAUAUCACUCUAGUAAACAGGUGCUUUUAAUCCAUGUAUCUCAAAAAUGCUUUGCCAAGUUCGGUAACAGGAUUUGCUUUAUUUAUUUAUUUGGGGGGAGGUUCGUUACUGUUGGGGGAACAGACGAAAGGACUAAGUCCCUCGUCCCAUGUUACUACAUAGCAGUAGUGGACUUAGGCCCCCACUCUCCUUGCCCAUUAUUGGGUUAAACCGUAGUUUUAUUCUAUUUUUUAGGGGGGGGGGGUGGAGAGUGGCAGACAUAUUUGUGAGGCUCAUGAAUCUUAUCUGCUGAAGAAAUGCGGCUUUUGGGGUUUUAAGUUAAAGCAAAGGGAACAUGUAACACUGAAAUCCUUUGUAUUUGGUCAGGAGGAGUUGCACACUGUUCCAGGUUAGAUGGGGGGGUGAAGAGAAACCACUACAAAGAGUAUAGGAACGGGGGUUCCGCUUCAUGUGGGCCAGGUGGAUGUUUCCAUGGGGAAUUGCUCCCUGAAGACUGUCCAAAACAUGGGCAAAAGCUUUUUUUUAAUUUUGUUUUGUUUUUUUUUUUAACUUCAGCAGGUUGUGCUGGGAACAGCUUCUCUGGUGAAACAACCUUUUCCUGUGGGCAUUGUAUUAGAGGGAGAGGUUGUUUCUUCUUAUGAUACCACAGUUAGGCUAUGCAAAGGUAUUUAGAGGAAAUGCCUGAUAAAAGCAGAGUUUGUAUCUACUUACUCAGCUGUCAGCUUAGUCUGUCAGGGCAGAGUUUGUCAGUUAAACAGGAGCGUAUCCAGUUCUUAACAUUCCUAUGCAGUAGUUUUAUUUUAUUUUUUCUUGUCCCAUGGGCUAACUGGCCACACCAGCAAAAACACUUGUUUAUUAGCUUGUUGGUUUUCCUGUAACAGAAAAGGAGUGAUUUAAAACUAAGAGAUGGACCAAAAUAAUUUUAAAAAGAAAAAGUGAAAAGUGGCUGCAUCUAUAACUUUCAAAAUCUUCCUAGUUUGAAUUCAUACAAAUUUUUACAUCAGAUAGCUGAAUUGCAGCAACAAAACCAGCCACAGCAGAAUUGCUUUUGUUUUCUUUUUUCUGGUUGCUGUAUUAUGAGAGUUAUGAAUGAAAAUUUUUCACAGCUGGAGAUGGCAAACAACUAAUGUCACCUGCUGGGCCAGUGGCAAUAGCCAUCCGAAGGUCACUGGAGGAACUCUGUGAGCCACUAGGUGUCAUCAAAUGUGCCCGAAGUAAAGAAACAGGCAUACAGCUGAUUUUCUUUUUUAAUAGCCUUUAACUAGCAAAGGCAAGGAAAUGUGAUCAAAGAUAAUUCUUUUAGUGGGCUUCAGCUUGGACCCUCAUUUUUGAGUUGCAAUUAGUGUCUGCAAUAAACAGGCACACUUGCCUUGGUGGAGAGGGAGCAGCAGGUGUGUGCGGGGUCUAAAUUAAUGGUUUCUGUGAGUGCAGAUGAAACACUGAUGCUUGAUUUAUUUUUUAUAUAUAUAUACAUUGUCAUAUAAUUGCGUUUGAGAUACAGUUUGCACAUCUCUUUCCGUGCUAUAGAGCUGAGACAAGCUUUAGUUAGGGGGAAAAAAAUGGUUUGGCUACAUCAAAGAUGUCUCCGGCGAGUCAGCGGGGUAUUUAGCCAUCUCCCGCGUUGUGGAGUGUCUUUGCUUGAAGAACCAGAGGGCUAAUACUACACUUUUCAAAGUACAACUACUAGAGAACUAGAACCCAGCCCCAUUUCAUUAUAAACUGUGCCAUUGAAAUCAGUCGCUUCCAUGUACCAAGUGAAAAUGUCUCGCACAUAUGCAACAACCUCAUUGAAGCGUUCUCUGUGUCAACUUCGCUGGCCCUGCUGUGCUCUUCGGCACGACUGCAAAGGAGGGCUGGGACUCACGAAGAGCUAAGAAAUUAUUGUUUCUGGAAAACAGUUCCCCUCUCCCCUCUUCCAUCCCCUCUGAAAAAAAUGUAAUUAAUUCUUCUUGUUUUAUCUGGGGGUUUGAGUUCCAAUGAGCACACUCACAUUUUUACAGUUUUGGAGUUUUUCCUAACACUUUUAUCAGAUUUCUGAACUUUUCUUGGUGGUAGAUUUGCAUUUCAACAUGAUCCUCUGCCAAAUUUAUUUAAAAUAAUUUUUAAAGAAGUCUGUGUUUUCUACCUUUUUCUGACUGCAAAUGCAACUGGGGUGGUUUUUCUCCUGAUUGUUUAAAAACUUGUGACCUAUUUUACCUGUCUUAUGUUAAUGAGGAACUUUAUAUUAGAAAAUCACGACUAGUGAUAGAUGAACUGGUUUGGAUCCAGGGAAAAAAUUAGUGCAGUUUCUGGCACGAGAUCUUUAGAAACAGAUCCCUGAGUUUAAAAUCAGAAUAAAACAAGGCAAAACCCACAACUUUCCGCAUUUCAUGUGCCCUUGUAUUUGUGGGUUCUUCUGGGCUUGAAAACAGCAGAGUCUCAGCAGUAUUUAUUUCCAGCUGAACUGAAAUCAAGACAUAGUAGAAACAUAAAGGGGAACAUUUACCCCACAAGAGUCUCCAGCCUGUUUCUUAUUUUUCUCAGUUUUCCAGACUUUUUCAGUUCACCUGUCACUAGUUAUGACUGAAUGAGCAUCUAUUGUAAGGGACUUGACUUUGGUAUUUAAACAGUAUGAUUUCAUAAAUAGAACUGGUUUUUGUUGUUGUUAUUGUUCUCAUUCUCCUUCUCAUCCAUAGCUUUCCUUCGCAUCUGGUCCAAACAGAUCCACACACUUUGAAAAGUCCUCUGUAAAGUGUGAGAUAGUAGGUCCACAAUGGAUUUGUUCUUGUGUGGUAAAUGAAAAUACAGAAGUCUAGCAGCUGUACUUGCCAUCUAGGACAGUGCCGGUGGUCACCGCGCAGCAGCAGUGCAGCUCCUGGAGCAGAGGGGUGCUAAGGUGGUCUGCUGGAACAGCUCAGCAAAACUGGGUUUGGCUACUGUUCUUGGGGAGAGGAGGAAAAAGGGGAAACAAAAAAAAAAAAAAAGGCGCAGCCUUACAGUUGCUGUAACACCAAAAAAAACCCCUAAAACCAUCAGCAGAGCCUUUAAUGUCACUGUCAGGACAGCACCUUCUGCAGCUGUUUCAGUCCUAUGUGCAUCCUCCUUUCUCAACUGCAGAUACUCCUGGUUCCUCUUUGUCUCAGCGUUAGCCAAGUCGGGUAGAUCUGAAGACACAUGGACAUUUCCAUUCAACAGGCCUUUUACAAGUCUCCUCCUUGUCUGUUUUUAUUUGCUAAGGAGACCUAAGUUUUGUUGAUGUCGUGCUUGUCACACAGGUUCAGAGCUCCCACUUGUUGCAUCCAUGGCAAAACUCUGUCCGUGGGAGAAGAAUUUGAACGUUUUUGAAUAACUGAUUAUUAGCUUCCAUGUCUUGUGGUCACUGCAGGACUGCUCAUGGAGGCAUAAUGUAUAUAAAAUGUUAAAUAAGCUGUGCAUUGAAUGGAGUGGACAAGUUAGUUAAGCAGCUCAAGUACACUUGGAAGAAAGAUGACCCUGACAUCAUUUCCAAGGAGAUUCAAUAGAAGUUGCUCACUUUCAGUAAAAAAAAAUAAAAUAAAUCUGUGUUAAAGUAGACUAGUAGAUGAAAUCUUUCACCCUCAUAUGCACACACACAAGCGAGAACGUUGCUUCUAUGCCUGCUCUGCAAGUCACGUGUGUAAGUCUUGCAGAUCUGUUUAGGAUGAGGACUAGAAAAGUUUAGAUACCACAUCCCUGCAAAGAGCCAACCUGCCAGGGUGUCCCAAUGGCAUUUCCCGAGUUGAGGGUGGUGGAAAGUAAUGACAAAAUCCUGGACUCUUGCCCCUCCAAGGAAGCCUUAAAGUUGGACUGGAAAACUCUCCUGUCUCCCUGUAAGCACCGCAUGUCUCCUGGUAUGGGGGGGUUGGGUGAGGUGAGUUCAGGCAGUUGCGUCAGACUUUUUUUUCUCCAAAAUCAGUCUUCAAAGCCUUGCGGUUAGGAUUGAUAUGUAAUUGUGUAUUUGUAUGUUUGCAUCAGCAAAGGUCAGGAACUGUCAGCCUCUGGUAGCUUGUUUUAUUUGUUGUGAUCAAAGCAGAUCUUAAGAAAAGAGUAUUCAGUUGGUGACACUUGACACCUAAAAAACCUACUAACGACUGCAGAAGAGGCUCCCUCAGCUCCAUACUUUGGUCACAAAAUUUUUCUGUUGGUGUCAAUGGUCAAUUUGACUUGAUGGGAAAGCUUGCUCAAAGAAGACUUGAGCGUAACCCAGCUGGAAAAUUGCCUGAUCCACCCCUGCAUCCUCCACCAGAUCAUGGCUCUUUGCUGCCGAGCCCAAAAUAAAUCUGUACACAGAUGAUGCUUCUCCACUUAAAAAAAAAUAAAUCUUAAUUUGUUUUUGUCUAUUAAAAAAUAACAGGGAAAAAUCUUUUUUUUUUUUUCUGUUUUUUCCAAUUGUCAGUCUGAAUUGGUGAUUUCAAUUUACCUAUGUCCUAAAACAAGCAGAAAAAGCUUCAGACACCAUUUGACCAAAACAAAACAAAACAAAAAAAAAUGAGGCAAGCUCAGAAUUUUGCAGAUUGAAAACAUUAAGAAAACAAAUCCCCCCACCCAUCCCCAUCAGAGGCGGAAAACUUUAGUGACAGAGUUUGCAACUGGGAAAGAGCCCGACCCUGCUGGUACUGCUGGGCUGCUGAAAAGCAGAGCAGCCACAGCUGGUUUUGUAUCACUGCUGUGUCCUGGUUUGAAAUACUCAGUAAAAGUGUCAGAAUUUAAUUGCCACAAGCUUUACACAUCCUUGAGCUGUAGGAGUAAAGUAAAUUAAAAACAAUUUAAAAGGGGGCAAGUUUUCUGAGGCUUCUUCUCCUGGUCUGGCUCUGUGGUGUGCAGCAGGACAGUGCAGCUCGCUCUCCCAUUUGCAGCACAGGGGAAACAUGGGCUGACUGGAGAAAUCAGAAGAAAUAAAGGGGGAAAAUUUAAAAAAAAAAAAAAAAAAAAAGUGCAACGAUUACACUAAGGAACUGUGCAAGUGUGCUUUUGUGUGUGCAUACACAGGGGAAGGCUCCGGUCCUGUAGCAUAGUACAUGUUAGCACGAUACAUAUUGUUUCUAAAUCUAUCUGCUUCUGCAGUUGAGAUGUUAAAAAGAUUUGAUUUUUUUUUCAACAUAUAAAGAAAAAAAAAAAAAAAAAAAAAAGAGAACAGUGGCAAAAUCAUGUUGAGAGACUGAAAAACAAACCCCAAACAUACCUGAAGGGGCAAGUUGAGUUAGUUUGUCAUCUGCUCCUGUCCUGGAAGCCAGCGGCAGUCUCUCAGCAUUUCAGCAUCCCAGUACUGUUCUGAAGUGCUCGUUGUUCAAUAGGAUGUUGUUUUUCUCCGGUGUAAUAUUGUGAUUGUUACCUGAUAACGUUGCCAGGGACUUCACGUUAUAAGAGGUGGUCCAGCUUGUUUGAUGUAUUUGGCUAAAAAACAGUGGUGGUUUUUUUAUUAUUUAAAUUCCUAGCAACUGUGACUACAGUAAUGUGAUGAGUAGCACAUACAGUGAGGAGGCAUUGACGAUGGCCUCCUUAAAAAUGUCAUCUGAACUUUUUUUUAAAAAAACAACUUUAAAAUAUUUUUAAAACAUUUUAAAACAUUUUUUGUGUGUUCCAAAACGGAAUAUUUGUAUUUGAAAAAAAUCCUGGAGUGUAAUUUAAUCCUAAAAAACCCCGUAGCCUUUGUGUAUAUGGUAAAUGUUUGUAUUUUGCAGGUUCUGUUUUGCUUUUUAGAUAAAUAAAAUGUAUAUGGAUAUUUUUAAGUCAUCUUUGCUUUUUUAGAUGAGUUUGUAAUCACCUUAUAACUGAAAAUAAAACUUUCCUUUAUAAACCAA